UACACAAAGGGUUUUGGAUCUGAACUGACAUCCUCACACACUAUUGACAUGUAUAUAGGCCUGUCCUUGGCUUUCCUCUCCACCAAAUGCAUCUGAGAAAGUAGACUUAAGUCUAGGUCAGUGAGUCUCAAAGAUGCUAUAAAAGAUCUCUCUAGAUACUGAUUCUACAGACUAACAUGGCUAUAUCCUUGAAUCCUACUAAUAAAUAAAGGGAAGAUGGAGGGGAGACCCAAGCUCACGUUUCCAAGCUCCGAUUCCUACUGAGAACAAAGUCUAGGGUCCAAAACACACUCCAGUUUGAAACCGCUUUAACUGCCCUGGCUCAGUGCUAGGGAAUCCUGGGAAUUGUAGUUUAUUGUGGCCCCAGAGCUCUCCAACAGAGAAGGAUCAGUAGCUCACAAAACUAGUCUGCGGUGUCUCUUGCUUGAAUACUUGAAGUGAACUAUAUGUUUUUGCAGUGUACAUAUAUGCAGUCUGCUAUCUCAAGAUGGCUAUCCUCCGACUUCAUUCUUCUGGUCUAUCUGCUUUAUUUUAUUAUAGGCAGCUUGGCAUUAUUAGAAGGAUUUCUAAAACAUCGCCCAGCGGCCAGAGUCACAGCAGACCCAAACUACGGCAGUUGUUCGACUAUGUAAUCGUUAUUGACUUUGAGUCGACAUGCUGGAAAGAUGGAAGAAAGAGUCAUAGUCAAGAAAUAAUUGAAUUCCCAGCAGUUUUAUUAAACACCUCAAAUGGAGAAAUUGAAUCUGAAUUUCACAUGUACGUCCAGCCUCAAGAACACCCAAUUCUUUCCGAAUUUUGCACUGAGCUAACUGGCAUAAAACAGGACCAAGUUGAUGAAGGUGUCCCUUUGCGUAUAUGCUUGUCUCAGUUUUCCAAAUGGAUCCAAAAGAUACAAAAGGAAAAAGGCAUCGUUUUUGCCUCGGGCCAUUCGUGCUGUGCUACUUCUGAAGGCAAAUUGUGCGCUUUUGUUACAUGGUCAGACUGGGACCUGGGGGUUUGUUUGCAGUAUGAAUGUAAACGAAAACAGCUGUGGAAACCUGAUAUUUUAAACUCCUGGAUUGAUCUCCGAGCAACUUACAAGCUUUUUUACGCCAGGAAGCCACAAGGAUUAAAUGGCGCUCUUCAGGAUGUGGGGAUUAUAUUUGCAGGACGAGAGCAUUCUGGGCUGGAUGAUUCCCGGAAUACGGCUCGUCUUGCCUGGAGGAUGAUCCGCGAUGGAUGUGUGUUGAAAAUCACUAAAACUUUGGAUAAGGUACCUCCAAAGAAUUCUAUUGCCAGGUUUUUGAAUGAGAAACCUAGUGCUGGCAUACCUUUGGCAAGCAGUGAUGGGGCACAAGCAUCAUGUUUGGACCAAAGCAGAAAUGGUGAAUUUGCUAGUGAAAUAGAAAAUAACAAGGAGAAUCAACAGCAAGAGUUCAGUCCUGUAUGUUUGCAUGGGAAUACCAAUGUUCUGUCAAGCAACAGUAAGAAGACCAAUGAAUGUAACAGAGGACUCAAUUCUUCUCUUGACUGUUUUCAGGCUUCUUACUGCAACCCUUUAGAAACCCAGCGUGGGCUAAACCAUGGGCAUCUCAUUUCAAAUUUUUCAGCAAGCAACACAGGACUGGUUUUGGUCCCUACUACUCUUUCUACUGUAAAUAUUUCUGACACAGAUAUAAGUACUACUCCUGACUGUUUAUCAAUGUUGGCCGAUUGGGAGGAUGUUGCAUUAAUACCAGAAUCACAAGGCGAUCACAGUUCCGACUCUUUGCAGUCUACAGAUGAGCCAAACCAUAAGGAUUUACUUGUGGCUGGAGAUAAAAUGGGUAUGAAUGAAUCAAAUGUCACGAAUGUAGUAGUUGAAAAUGUCAGUGAAGGUGCUCUGAACGUAGACCCAUCAGGAUCUGUUGUUUAUAAAAGUCCUGGUACUGUUAUUUAUAACACAAGAACAGACCCAAAUAAGUGUGGCAAUACUUCCUUAUUUAAGCUCCCUCCUUCAAAGGCAAAUACUACUUACACUGAUGGAAAAAAACAAUUUACACAUCCACCCAACCCUCCUAAGAGGAAGCCUUCCAGUCCAAAAUCUCUGCCUCCAGCAAAAAAACCACCUUUUACUAUACAUGAAGAUAAAGUCGCAUCACCUAGCAACUCUUUACCAUUCAGGUCAGGUCUAUCUAGCAUACCUUCUGGCAUUUUAAAAUCCUCUGUUAACUUAAACCAAUCUUUUAGGCCUAUAGAAACUGGUCGAGUGACCCCUCCUAUGUGCAAAUGCGGCCGAAGAGCGAGGAGGCUAAAUGUUUCAAACGGUGGUCCGAAUCAUGGAAGGACAUUCUAUAGCUGUCCUGUUGGAAAGAAGGAGGGGAAUCGAAAGGGCUGUGGUUAUUUCAAAUGGGAGCACACGCUUCUAAAGGAGAAGCUCACACCUCCGCCUUCUGCCUCAAACGCUGCAGGGCUUGUAUCGACUGGAGGAAGCUCAGAAAAUGCUCAAAGAAAAUGCUUGGGUCUCCGGCCUUCGAUGCGAACGUAGUUCAGCAUUUCCAUUUAUGCAUUCCUUUAUUGCGGGAAUAGCCGGCUCUUACUAGCACUCAUUAAGGGUGGACCUUAGCGUUAUGUACCCAGUAUGUUCUGUUUCUGUAGAUCAUGGUGCAAAUGGAGACCCUGUAUGAAAUGGCUAAAGUAAAAAAAAUAUUAAUUAAAAAUUAAAAAAUAUUAAAAUUAAAAAUCAAGAAACAAAACUGUGGGACUCAGCAUGGGAUCAAGAGAUGAUCCAUGACCCUGAAAAGGUCUAACAGUGGUGUUAUGGCUAAUCUGACUUUAAAAAGCCAUUAGAAAUAAAGCAGGCAUCAUGGUUUUAAUAUAUUUUUUAAAAAGCUUGUCUUUUUAUUACUGAAAUGAAAUAAUCACAUUCUUUUAAAACUGAAUUUGCUGGUUGACAUUUCCAGUAACGUAGCUCAAGCCCUCCCUAGUAAAAUGGUCGGUUUUUCUAAUGCUGGGAUGUUUUGUUUCUAUCAACGUGUUUAUUUCAGCCCCACAGUAUCUGAGCUGACGGAUACGAUGGAAAAGUUAAGACCUUAUACCAAGCUACCAUUGAAGAAAGUUAAACUAAUAAACCAUAUUUAGUUAGAAAAUAGAGGUACCAAUUCCUUAACUGAUAUAAAGAGCAGAAUUCAAGCCCAUUAAAAGUAGUGGAGUAUGCAUGGCAACAGAGAUUACUGGCUUCCUCCUAGUAUAGAAAAGCUGGUUUCAAUAUUGGCUUGUAAAUGGCUGCUUAGGUUAUAAAAUACUGCAUUGAUGGUGCUUUCAGGGCCCCAAUGUCUGGUGUGCGCUCAUCAAUAUUUUAAACUGAGAUUGCCAUUAACCAUUUUACAAAAUGUAAAUGAUUAAAGUCAAACAAAUAAAAAGUAUUUACUUGGUAAUGGGUUUGGUUUUUCAUUGCAUUACUACCACAAAAUUCGUACUUAAAG